AUGUUUUGGUUACAGCAAGUUCCUCUAAAAGUGAAAAAUACAGCUUGGCGAGCUAUCACGGGUUGCCUUCCUACACGAGUACAACUUAGAAUUAAAAAGGUACAAGUCCCUUUAGUCUGCCCUUUCUGUGAGUUGUAUAAUGAGACUAUCUUCCAUUGCUUUGUCUCGUGUUUCUUUCUCUCGUAUGUGCUAGCACUUUGCUGGGCUGGGGGUGAAAUUGAUGGUGUUGUUUUGUUUGGCACUUGGCUGAGAGAUGUAUUGAAUCGGGUGGGGGCUGAUAUUGCUGCUCGUGUUUUGAUGAUAUGUUGGUCGUUGUGGAAUGCUAGAAAUGAUAUUAUUUGCCAGGAAAAUUUUUGUACAGUUUCAAAAGUUGUUGAAUCUGCAAAAGUUUAUCUUGAUCAAUGGUUGAAAGCUCAAGAGAAAACUAAUGUUCUAUCCUUGGGACCCGUUUACCUAGGUGACAGAUUGGAGCUAUGGACUAAACCAGAUAUUGAUGGUAUCAAGAUCAAAGUGGAUGCAACAACAUUUGAUGAUAUUGGAAAAAUUGGAUUGGGUAUCAUUGCUCGUGAUCACUAUAAUGUUGUCUUAACGUUCAAAUCCUGGUGCAAAUUUGGUGUUAUGCAAGUUGAGAUGGCAGAAGCAAUGGAGCUGAAGGAAGUUCUCAGCUGGAUAAAAAUGAUGCAUUGGCAGAAGGUUAUCAUUGAAAUGGAUAGCUUGGUGGUUGUGCAAGCGAUAACCAAGCGAUAA